UGCCAGAGUUUUGAAAAAGACAAAACACGUGUGUGUGCGCAUUCUUUUUGGUGUGAAACGAGCGUGCGGCUAGAACUUUAUUGCGGACCGAAAAUAUAGAGAAUCAGAGAAACAAACAUGACGGAGGAAGUAAAAUUGACCCAUGGAGUCGUCCUGCAGCACCUGCUGUCCGUGGACAAGAACCUGGCCAAGGUCUAUCAGCAAAAGACGAAAGCGCCCACUCUUGGCAAGAACGCGCCUGUGGUAGUCGAGCUCAUCAAGUUCUUCCAGGCAAACAGCCCCGUAAAAUUCCCGGCCAUCAAGGCGGCCGCGGCAGGCAGCAGCAGUGAUGACAGCGACUCGGACUCCGAUGCAGCUCCAGCGCCCGCUAAGAAGCCGGCAGCGGCUCCAGUGACAAAUGGCAAGGCCGCCAAGGCGGCUGCCUCCUCCAGCAGCGAGGACAGCAGCUCUGAGGAGGAACAGAAGAAGCCAGUGGCCAAGGCCACCCCAGCUAAGGCAGCACCCGCCAAGAAGGCCGACUCCUCGAGCGAGGACAGCUCCUCGGAAGAUGAGGCACCAAAGAAGGCAGCGCCAGUCAAGGCUGCACCCGCCAAGGCUACACCGGCCAAGAAGGCCGCCGCCUCUUCAAGCGAGGAUAGUGACAGUUCUGAGGAGGAGAAGAAACCUGUGGCAAAGGCCACCCCGGCUAAGGCAGCUCCUGCCAAGAAGGCAGAGUCCAGCAGCGAAGACAGCAGCUCAGAGGAGGAGGCAAAGCCCGCCGCCAAGGCUCCGGUCAAGGCAGCGGCGGCCAAGAAGGCCAAAUCUUCAAGCGAGGACAGUGAUUCCGAUGAGGAGCCAGCCGCCAAGAAGGCUGCACCUGCUAAGCCUGCCGCUAAAAAGGCAGCCUCUUCCAGCAGCGAAGACAGCGACUCUGAGGAUGAGAAGCCUGCAGCAAAGGCCCCAGUUAAGCCGGCUGCAGCCAAGAAGGCAGCCUCUUCCAGUGAGGACAGUUCUUCCGAAGAUGAGGCACCCAAGAAGGCGGCCGCUCCAGCAAAGGCUGCUCCAGCCAAGAAGGCCGAUACAUCCAGCGAGGAGAGCGACUCAGAUGAAGAGGAAGCUCCCAAGAAGCCAGCUGCCAAGGCUGCUCCGGCCAAGGCUACUCCUGCUAAGAAGGCGGAGUCCGAGGACUCCUCCGACGACAGCGACAGUUCGGAAGAUGAAAAGCCCAAGGCCAAGGCUGCUGCUGCCACCAAAGCUCCGGCUAAGCCUGCCGCCUCGAGCAGCGAGGACUCCAGUGACGAUGAAGCGCCAGCUGCUGUAAAGCCAGCAGUCAAGAAGACCGCGGCACCUGCCAAAAAGGAUGAUACCUCCUCGGAAGAGGACUCCUCGGAGGAUGAGGCCCCAGCGGCCAAGAAGCCAGUGCCAGCAAAAAAGAAGGCCGAGAGCAGCAGCGACAGCAGCGAGUCUGAAGAAGAGCCCGGCGAGGCCAAGCCCCAGCCAGUGGCCAAUGGUGGUCAAAAGCGCAAGUUCAGUGGCGGCGAUGCCGAUGAGGCCACUCCUAAUAAGAAGUAUAAUAACUUUGUGAAGUCAGGAGAGCAACAGAAGAAUGACUUUACAUCGACGCCCAACAAUAACCACCACAAUAACAGUUGGAAUAACAAACAGUUGAACGGCAGCAAUGGGGGUGGAAGUGGCCGGAGACGGUCUCCCUUCCGGCGGGUUCGCACCGAAGAGGUGCUGGUGGAUUCACGUGUCCAGGACAUGUCCUUUGAGGCCAAGAAAAACGCCGCCGGCUCUUGGGGCGAGCGAGCCAACAAGGACCUGAAACAUACGCGCGGCAAAUCCUUCAAGCACGAGAAGACCAAGAAGAAGCGCGGCAGCUACCGAGGUGGCCAAAUUGACGUCGGGGUCAAUUCUAUAAAAUUUGACUAGAUUUAUAAAAAAACAUAAACGCAACCUAUGGAUUAAUCAAUUAUGUAACAAAUACGUUUAGUCAGUAAGCCAAGAAGCGGAGUAAGAUAAGUUUCUUAUAUGCAAUCGCUUUGCCCACUUGAAAAAUUGUUUCCAACUUAACAAGGUCCUAUAAUUUUAGAAUCGUGAACUGGCGGUCAAUAAAAACCGCGACCAAGCUAAUCAGCCAUCUUAUUUCUCUCUUUUUAAAUGGGCUUCAAUCAUAAUAAUAUUGUGGUUUCAAACUUUUGUUUUCUACGAUUCGUUUUUGAUGAAGAUUUUCUUAAUUUUUCAAUACAUCUUUUUUAGAUUUCCUUCUAUUGUAUUUUAUAUAUUUUCUUGAAAAAGAUUUACUGAAAGAUCGAGUCAGUUUCAAUAGCGAUUUGUUAGAAGCAAAAGUUGAAUUAUAUCCAUUAUACAUAAGUUUUAUGGAUAUAAUUUAAAUAAUAUUCCAUUAUUUUAUUAUUGAUAGCCCCUUAUUUUGGAUUCCGAGUCAUAAGAACUUCAAUAAGUACAAGUUGAUACUAUCAUUUGUCAAAACAAACAUAGUUUAACUUAAGAAAAUAUAGAAAUACAUGUAUUUUCAUAAUUAAA